GCCAAUUGGAAGGGUCAGUUUGAUAUCCUGAAGGAGGCCGCGAAAGAGAUUGAGCUGAAACUGCACGGCUCCGAGGCUGCGCGUCUUCGUCUGGAGCAGAAACUGUUGGACGCCGCCAGGGAAAGGGAGAUGUUGCAGGCACAACUUGAGGAGGAGCAGCCGGAACAAUCCCGGCUGAAGCGUCGUCUUGCCGAUACCCACUCUCAGUGUCGGCGGAGAUGUUCUGAAAUGGAGGACCUGGUUGUUCGGAUCAAUGCUGUCGCCGAAGAAACAUCCUCCAGUGUGACGGCGGAACGAGAUAGUGCGCUAGCGGCCAACGUGAUCGCGCGUCAUGCGAUCUCCGUUUUGGAGAAGGAGAAGGCUGAGGGUAAAGCUUUGGCUCUGGAUAUUUAGGAUGAAUAUGAACGCGUUCGUUCCGCAGAAAUGAGCUCUCGGGUGAAGGAACAAGAAAGGGACGAUGCUCUAGCAUUAGUUUCCGAUCGUCAGAGCCAGGUUUCCGAUGUUCCCG